CGCCCCCAGCGCCGCGUUCCGGUUCCGGCGCGCGGAGCAGGGCGGGAGGCGGCGGAGGCCAUUAGCGGAGAGCGCGGGCAGAGCCGGGCGGUGUAGAGCCACAGCACUGCAGCCAUGUCGAUUGGAGUGCCCAUCAAGGUCCUGCAUGAGGCCGAGGGCCACAUCGUCACCUGUGAGACCAAUACAGGAGAAGUUUAUCGAGGCAAACUUAUCGAAGCUGAAGACAACAUGAAUUGUCAGAUGUCCAACAUAACAGUGACAUACAGAGAUGGACGGGUGGCACAGCUCGAGCAGGUGUACAUCAGGGGCAGCAAAAUACGGUUUCUCAUCUUACCAGAUAUGUUGAAGAAUGCUCCUAUGCUAAAGAGCAUGAAGAAUAAAAACCAAGGUUCUGGAGCUGGGCGAGGGAAAGCAGCUAUUCUCAAAGCUCAAGUGGCUGCAAGAGGAAGAGGCCGUGGUAUGGGCCGUGGCAACAUCUUCCAGAAGCGAAGAUAAUUUUGGUCUUGGCCGAGUUGCUUUUUUUAUUAGGGGUGUUAACUUGACUACGUGUGCAUUGGUAUCAGUUUUGUUUAAUAAAUGUUUCUGACAAAAACUUGUCUGCUCUUACCUGACAGGACAGUUCUUGGACAAAUACACUGUAGGUUGAUUUCAAACUCAAGCCAGCUUUGGAAAAUAGUGGACUUUAUUACAUCUAGUUUUGACCACUUUGUGUGAUGCAUUGGUUUUUAAAGAUCAUUAGGUUUCCUUUUUCUUGUUUAGUCCUGCUGUCAUUUAUUCUCUAAAGAAUUAGAAGGCAUUCUUAAUGAAGAAUUUUAAGUCAUACGUUGUAAAGUCUUAUUAACAGCUGCAUUUAUGGAAAAUACAGCAAAACAGAGGCAGCUUCCUGAGAAGCAGAGCACUGUAUUAUUUUGCUUUAUAUGUACCUACAGUAAACCCUCAUCUUCAGAUCUGUAUAUUGAACUUGUAUACUUGCAUUUCUUAUUUUCUCUUUGGAUAUAGGGAGAAUUUUUCAUUAGGAACAUACAACUUUGAUAGCCUGAAUCUAUAUUUGCAGGGAAAAAAAUCUAUUCUCACUUUCCUAGCAGUUUUUCCCUGUGUCUGGGAAAAGAGAACAUAAAAUAGGCAUUUUACAGGAUAAAUUUGAAAUGCUUUGUGGAUUUGAAAGGCAGUGCAGGUCUAUGAGGAAAACCUUAUAAAUAGUUACCCAUUAUACACAACUCGAUACAAAUUCUGAUGUUUUGAAUGAAACUCAUGUAUCAACUUCAGCUUUUGAUCUUAUUAGUUGUGAACAGAUCAGCUGAUCUGCAGGAAGCCAAAUGUAGCUUCAGUUUGUUUUGCUUAAAGUGUAGCUUGGGUGUUUUGACUUACUGAAAUGGUUGAAAUGUUUCAAUGUAACCCUUCUGUACCUAAUCUCCUACUUGCAUAGUCUGUACACACAAAAAAGAGCUGCUCUUGCUUUUCUGCUUGGAUGCUGAGAAGACUCUCCCUUGUGUGCAGACAGGAAAGUUGAACUAAUGUAUUAACUUGUUCAAUUGUGUGUAAAUAAAGCUGUAUUUGGUCUCACAUCA